CCUCCUCUUCCUCCUUCUGCAGCCCUCGAGCCCCUUGUCCGCUCUUGCCGCUCUCGCCGCUGCUGCCCCUGCCCCGAAGCCGUGCCCUACCUUGGCCAUGGAGGAUUACCAUAAGCCGGACCAGCAGAAGCUGCAGGCGCUCAAGGACACGGCCAACCGGCUGCGCAUCAACUCCAUCCAGGCCACCACGGCCGCCGGCUCGGGCCAUCCCACAUCAUGCUGCAGCGCGGCCGAGAUCAUGGCGGUCCUCUUCUUCCACACCAUGAAGUACAAACCGCAGGACCCCCGGGACCCCAGCAAUGACCGCUUUGUGCUCUCCAAGGGUCAUGCGGCUCCCAUCCUCUACGCGGUCUGGGCUGAGGCUGGCUUCCUGCCAGAGGCCGAGCUGUUGAACUUGAGGAAGAUCAGCUCCAUCCUGGAUGGCCACCCGGUGCCAAAACAAGCCUUUACCGAUGUGGCGACUGGCUCCCUGGGACAAGGGCUCGGCGCAGCUUGCGGAAUGGCCUACACGGGCAAAUACUUUGACAAAGCCAGCUACCGGGUCUACUGCAUGCUGGGCGAUGGAGAGGUGUCUGAAGGCUCCGUGUGGGAAGCCAUGGCCUUCGCUGGUUUCUACAAGUUGGACAACCUGGUGGCCAUCUUUGACGUUAACAGGCUGGGCCAGAGCGACCCUGCCCCACUGCAGCACCAAGUGGAAGUGUACCAGAAGCGAUGUGAAGCCUUUGGGUGGAAUGCCAUCGUGGUGGACGGGCACAGCGUGGAGGAGCUCUGCAAAGCCUUCGACCAGGGCAAGCAUAAGCCGCUGGCUAUCAUCGCAAAGACGUACAAGGGCAGAGGGAUCUCAGGCGUGGAAGACAAGGAAUCUUGGCAUGGGAAGCCCCUUCCCAAAAACGUGGCGGAACAGGUCAUCGAGGAAAUCCAUAGCCAAAUCCAAAGCAAGAAGAAGAUUCCAGCAACACUCCCCAAAGAAGAUGCUCCCGCAGUUAACAUCGCCAACAUCCGGAUGCCGUCUCCUCCAAAUUACAAACUUGGAGACAAGAUGGCCACCCGUAAAGCCUAUGGUGUGGCCCUAGCCAAACUGGGGCAUGCCAGUGACCAAGUGAUUGCCCUGGAUGGGGACACCAAGAACUCCACCUUUUCAGAACUCUUCAAGAAGGAACAUCCUAACCGCUUCAUUGAAUGUUUCAUUGCGGAGCAGAACAUGGUGAGCAUCGCUGUGGGCUGCGCCACCCGGGACAGGACCGUGCCAUUCUGCAGUACCUUUGCUGCCUUCUUCACCAGGGCCUUUGACCAGAUCCGGAUGGCAGCAAUUUCAGAAAGCAACAUCAACCUGUGUGGCUCCCACUGUGGUGUGUCCAUCGGUGAAGAUGGUCCUUCUCAGAUGGCCCUUGAAGACCUCGCCAUGUUCCGGAGCAUUCCCAACGGGACAGUCUUUUACCCAAGUGAUGCUGUGUCUACCGAGAAAGCAGUGGAGUUGGCUGCUAACACCAAGGGCAUCUGUUUCAUAAGGACCAGCCGCCCCGAGAAUGCAGUCAUUUACAACAACAACGAAGACUUCAAGGUUGGCCAAGCCAAGGUGGUCCUGAAGAGCAAGGAUGACCAGGUGACUGUCAUCGGAGCUGGAGUGACCCUCCACGAAGCUUUGGCAGCUGCGGAACAGCUGAAGAAAGAAAAGAUCUGCAUCCGGGUGGUCGACCCCUUCACCAUCAAGCCCCUGGAUAAGAAACUCAUCCUGGAAAGCGCUCGGGCGACCAACGGCCGAAUUCUGACCGUGGAGGACCACUACUACGAGGGUGGCAUAGGAGAAGCCGUGGCUGCCGCUGUCGUGGGCGAGCCGGGCGUCACCGUCACUCGCUUGGCGGUCAGCAACGUGCCAAGAAGUGGGAAGCCAGCGGAGCUGCUGAAGAUGUUUGGAAUCGACAAGGACGCCAUCGUGCAGGCCGUCAAGGGGGCCCUGUCUAAGUAAAGCCUGAGCCACAUUCCUGUACCUUUACGUGCACAAAAUCACUUGUUUCUUCUGAGGAUCAAUAAAGAACAAAUAAAAAUGUUUUGGGGAAA